GAGAGAAGGCCGAAGACCAGCAAAGCUCUCAGGCAGUCCCUGUCAUGGCAUCGGGUGCGGGUGGUGCUGCUGCUGGCAGUGUUGGGCGCAAGUUACGGGUGGUGGAGGGGGGGCAGCAGAAGCAGGGCCUAUCAGAUUUCACCAACUCAGCAAAGGUCUUCACUCACAUCCAGGACAUCAGAGCAUCUGGCAGCAAGAAGCAGCGGGCGGCAGCGCCAUCUCAGCACGAGCCGCAGCAGAUUCGGGCGGCGGCACUGAAGCUGUGA